AUGGAUUCACAUAAUCCAAAAACCAAUCUCCUCUUCAUUUCCCUCCUUUUAUUCACAAACCUCCUCACAUUGUUCUUUUCCUCCACCUUCUAUUCCUCCUCAUGCAAUCCCAAUUUCUCAACCACCACCGCCGCCGCCGUAUCCUCCGCCGCCGAAGACAAAAACCUACCACCGGAAUUCCUGGCUUCCACGUCAGGACAGCGGCUCCCGCUGGGCUUCAACAAGAACUUCGACUCCGACACCAUCAACCCUGCCGCCGGCAAAUCCUGCGCCCUCUUCCCCGCCGAGAUCCGCCGCUAUAUGUCCUACGAUGUCAACGGUUCUUGCCCUGACGACGAGGUUCUUGCACAGAAGCUCCUCCUCAAGGGUUGCGAGCCGCUCCCGCGCCGCCGCUGUCGGCCGGCGGCGCAGUCUGACUACCCUCCGCCGUUCCCCCUCCCAAAAAGCCAGUGGACCACCCCCUCCGACCGGUCCGUCGUGUGGACCGCUUACACGUGCAAAUCGUACGCGUGCCUCAUCAACCGGAAGAACCAGAAGAGCUUCGACGACUGCAAGGACUGCUUCGAUCUCCAUUUCCGCGAGAAGAACCGUUGGAUGCACCACAAAUCGGAAGGACUCGAUUUAAGCAUCGACGACGUUAUGGCGACCCGAAAACCCGGUACGAUUCGGAUCGGGUUGGACAUAGGGGGCGGAGUGGCUACAUUCGCGGUUAGAAUGAGAGAAAGGAACGUGACGAUCGUGACGACGUCGUUGAACUUAAAUGGGCCUUUCAACAGCUUCAUAGCAGCUCGAGGGGUUGUGCCUUUAUACAUGAGCAUAUCUCAGAGGCUUCCGUUUUUCGAUAACACGUUGGAUAUCGUUCAUUCGAUGCAUGUUUUGAGUAAUUGGAUUCCUGAGACGUUGCUUCAGUUUUUGUUGUUUGAUGUGUAUAGGGUUUUGAGGCCCGGUGGGUUGUUUUGGUUGGACCAUUUUUUCUGUGUUGGGGAUCAGUUAGAGAAGGUUUAUGGGCCCAUGAUUCAGAAUGUUGGGUUCAAGAAGGUUAAGUGGGUCACUGGGAGGAAACUUGAUAGGUCACCUGACCUUAAGGAAAUGUACCUCUCUGCUUUGUUGGAGAAGCCAUCCAAGAACUCUUGGUGA